UUUUCUUUAUUCUAUCUUUUACGGCGGAGUAGAAAAUUAAUAUUUAGUAAUGAUAAACUUAAUUAAGAUAAAGAAAUAACUAUAAUGGAAUAAUUGUUUUUUCUCUUUUUUACGUGUUCAGAAAGUGCAUAGUAUUUUUUUUUAACUUUUAAAAGAUGCUAUUUGAUAAAAUAAUUUCUUAGUAUUUUAGUAAAUUUUAGUGCUAUAAUCUAUUGACAAGACUUUUAAACAACAACAACAUAAAAUACCAUGCCUCGAGGUUGCGUUUUUGGAUGUCAAUCUAAUACUCAAGAUCCAAUUCACACGUUUCCAAACCCAAAGAGAAAUGCAGAGAUAUUUCGCCAAUGGGUCGAGUUACUGGUGGAGCCGGAGCGUAGUCUCCCUGACGCAGAGAUCUAUAGACGCAAAAGAGUGUGUAAUCGACAUUUUGUGGACAAAGACCACAAUAGAAAUCACAGAUUAAAUGCCCUUGCUGUACCAUCUCUGUAUUUACCAAACAAUGUGAAUGGUGCCGUGAAACAAACAGAGCUUGAUACACAUGACAACCCAUCAGGUGAAGAUCCAUUGGGUGUUAACUCAUCAGGUGGUGAAGAGUCUUGUGAAAUCCCAAUCAAAGACUCGUUGGGUGACAACACAUCCAAUGAAGUUCACACAGAUAUUUUGCAAUUCGCUAUGCAACAAAUAGACCUUGAUGUUUCCACUGUAUCUACAUCACAGAUAUUGGAUUCUAUGGGUGACAACCCAUUAAAUGAUGACCCAUCAGAAGACUUCUAUCUUCUAGUUCGUGCGGACGACACUCCUAAUGUACCAUCAUCACAACAUACAUCAAAUACAUCAAAUCCCAUUCAAAAACGUCUAAUAGAAUCAAAAAAAGAAAUCAGAAGAUGGAAACAAAAAGCACAUAGAUUGAAAAAAAGGUGCGAAUACCUCAAAACGAGAUUAAAAACUGUCACACGUCUCUCUGACUCCAUAGCACUCCAACGUAUAUCUAGAAAAGUAUCUCCAACCGCCAUGUUACUUAUAAACAUGCAAUUUCGCGAAAAUGCCAAAAAACCGAAUGGUCACAGGUUCAAAUCCUCGGAGAAGAUCAUGGCUUUGGCUUUAUAUAAACGUAGUCCGGAGUGUUAUGCGAUGUUGUCGGAAUAUCUAACUUUGCCUACAGAGAGAACUUUGCAAAAGAUGCUCAGUUAAAUGAAAUAAAAUUUACCUACAAGGAGAACUUUGCAAUAGAUGCUCAGUUAAAUGAAAUAAAAUUUACCUACAAGGAGAACUUUGCAAUAGAUGCUCAGUUAAAUGAAAUAAAAUUUACCUACAAGGAGAACUUUGCAGAAGAUGAUCAGUGAGAUUAAAUAAAAUUUACCUACAAAGAGAACUUUGCAGAAGAUGCUCAGUGAAAUGAAAUAAAAUUUACCUACAAAGAGAACUUUGCAGAAGCUCAGUUUGCUCAGUGAAAUGAAAUAAAAUUUACCUACAAAGAGAACUUUGCAGAAGAUGCUCAGUGAAAUGAAAUAAAAUUUACCUACAGAGAAAACUUUGCAGAAGAUGCUCAGUGAAAUGAAAUAAAAUAAAAUUUACCUACAGAGAGAACUUUGCAAAAGAUGCUAAAUUAAAUAAAUAUUUUAAUUUUAGUCUA